AUGAAUAAUAAUAAUAAUACAAUUGAAAUCAUUUUAAGAAAUAAGUACUUGUUUUCACAAGUAAAGUAUUGGAUUAGAAGAUUGGAUGAAGAAGAUCAUAACAAAAGAACAGACUUGCCAAGAAUCUAUCAUUAUGAUCAUUGGAGUAGAGUUAGUGAUAUGCUAAGAAAUGGUCAUGUUGGUUUAUUGAUGGAUAAACUCAAGAGAAAUAUCAAUGUUUCUUUAUCAAAUGAUAGUGUAGAGUUGAUAUGCUUAAAAGUUAAAGAUCUGAACAACUUUAAGAUACUCUAUACACUCUAUCAAAAAUCAUUUGUUGGAGAGAAUCUAGUUGGUUGUGCGUGUCGCGCAGGUAACCCUGAAAUUGUAGAGAUUCUAUUAGUGCAAGAGUAUCCUACUCCACUCCCACCAGGUGCAUGCUUUCAACAAGCCAUGUCAAAAGGAAGAUACCAAGUAUUGCCACUACUGCUGGCUCGAGGAUUAAAGUAUAAUAAUCGAUAUGAUACUUCUCGAUUUGGUACAUUUAAAUUCAUUCAAUCAUUGGAUUGGUUAAGAGAGAAAGAGAAAGAGAAAGAUAUGGAGGAUCCCUUAAAAAUGGUUGGACAUAGAUUAAGAAAAGAAGUGACCGACAAGAUAACGAUGAUUCAAAAGUUUAAAGAAUCAUUCCCACAUGUUGAUAUUGCCAACUCGGAACAAUGCAAAAGAUUCUUAAAUGAAGUGACACUUGGUCCAUGGACAAUAGGAUCGAAACGACUGACACUUCAGUUAUCCGAUCCUUAUGAGGAUAUCGGAACUGCUGCACUUUGUCCAUUUUUAGACUUAGUGGUUGGGAUUCCCCCAUCGACGGUCAUAAGAAACAUGUCUUUACAUCAUGCUCGAGGUGUAAUAGACUAUUUGACAAAGAGUCAUCCAUUUUUAAUGCUAAAGGAAAUGUUAUCAUACAUAUUAUCAAGACAAGAUCGAGAUGCAUUACCAAUACUCAAAAUUGUUUUGGAGCUUGGUUUCAAGAAAUUUCCAAAAGAUUAUCGUAACGUGCGAAAAGAUUGUUAUGAAUAUAUGGUUAAAGUAGUUCCAGGGUUUAAAGAUAUUGGAGAUAAUAAGUAUGCUGAUGAUGGAAAACAAGAACAACUACAAAAUUUGAUAGCUCGAACUUCAUCAUUUGACCUUUACGUCCAACACUGUAAAGAUGCUGAUAUUAGUAGAGACAUACAACAAAGAUCAAUGGUUCAUGGAACACUAGAUUUUCUUAAACUCAUUCAUAAGAAACACCCAGAGUGGAUUUGGAAGAAUCAAUAUGCCUAUGCCAGUGCAAUGGAUAGUGGAAGAACAGAUAUUCUAGAUUAUAUAAUUGGUUUAAUAGUUUCAGAUGGUCCACAAACCACCACAUAUGAAGAAACAUUUGAAUCAGUAGUAGGAUUUACAGAAUCACUCACCAAUUCAGGUUACUUCAACACCCAUCAUCCAAAUCACUCUUUAGAGGCGUCAUAUUUAACAAAAACUUCCCAAUGUUAA